AGAAAUUUCCUCUGCUAUUACACGACUAGCACUUAGACUAGAGGUGCCGUAAAGCUUGGAGAUAAUGCGCUGGAGAGAAUUUGCUGUUCUAGUUGUGAUCGUUUUCACUAUACAAACACAGGCUUUUUCUAUCAAAAGAAGUACUGCAGUAAAAACAAAAACUACUGUUCGAUUCUCUCCACUUUGUAUAUCAUGUACUGCAGCCAUAUCAGCACUUAGUCUCAUUGUCAAAUGGGACAAAUCCCAGCCGGUCAUUCUCGAAUUUGCAACUAUCAUUUGCAAAUUGGCAGCGAAACAGAGUUGGGUGGUGUGCAAUGGGAUUUCCGGACAGUUUAAAGAUGAAUUUUUCUACGUAUUCCGACGUAUGUCCGAUGAAAGCCCAUCCAGAAUUUGUGGUCUUUUGCUAAAUGAAUGCGCCGAUCCCGAUGAUAUCACAGAGGCAGGAUGGGAAGUUGAGUUGCCACCGAAACCUAGCCCUGAAUUGUUGGAGCUGAUUGAAGAACGGAGGCCAAAGCAUACGGUGAAAAAUGGCGCUAGUCGACAUCUUCGAGUUCUGCAGCUUUCUGAUUUACAUGUUGAUUUUGAGUAUGUGCCUGGUUCGGAGGCAGAUUGCGAUCUACCGGUCUGUUGCAGACAGGAAACUCAUCCUAGCAAAGCAGCUGGCUAUUGGGGAACUGCUGGGAAAUGCGAUAUACCCUACCGAACAUUUCAAAAUAUGCUGCAGCAUAUCAAUGCUACGCAUGAGAUCGACUACAUAAUGAUGUCUGGAGAUUUCAUAAAUCACUUCGAUUGGUCAUAUAGUGUGGAAACUCACGUCGCAGCACUAAAAAAUUUAAGUUCAUUGAUUCGUCAUUAUUUUCCUGCGACCCCUACUUACUGGGCCAUUGGAAAUCAUGAGGGAGUGCCAGUCAAUAGCUUUGCCCCACAUUUCGUCGACGAACGUUUCUGGCCGAUAUGGCUCUACGAAGAAUUUGAGAAGAUGAGCUCUCCUUGGCUCACAUCGGAUGCGUCAAAAGCGGUGCUCUAUCGUGGAUCUUAUGCUGUACAAGUGACUGAAGGAUUGCGUUUGAUCUCUCUCAACUCGGGAUUUUGUGAGACGACAAAUUUCUUUUUGUACUUGAACCAAAGUGAUCCUGACGGAACGAUGACAUGGUUUGUAGCUGAGCUGUUCAAGGCAGAAAUAGCCGGCGAUUCUGUACAUGUGCUAUCGCAUAUUCCCCCUGGCGAUGGAGAAUGCUUGGAAGGCUGGUCCCGCAACUACUAUAGAAUUGUUCAAAGAUUUGCAAACACUAUCACGGGACAAUUUUUCGGGCACGUUCACACCGACUACUUUACAGUUUUCUAUGAAGACAUGCACGAUACUUCAUCUACUCCUAUCGGGGUACUGUACGCGACGCCAAGUGCUACUACCUUUGCAAAUCUGAAUCCAGCGUACCGUAUCUAUGAAGUGGAUUACACUGAUAGAUUUAAAGUCGCGGACAUAAAGAAUUAUUAUGCCGAUGUCUCGAAAGCUAACGAAACCCAUCCACCAAACUGGAAAAUGAUGUAUUCAGCGAAG